AUGCAAAGGAUCAGCAACUUGCGGUCCAACGGUCACAACAGCCAGGGCAUGAACCCGGGAACCGCGUUCCAAGAUCUCUACGCCGUCAACAUCACCUCGGCCCCGUACAAUGCCCAGAAGGGCGGCUGGGACUAUGACGGCCGCGUCCAAAUCAUCGGUCGUAACUUUUUGAACUUUGACCCGCACGGCUCGCACAUAAUCUCAGAGGACAUUGCAACAAUGACGCUCGCUGCCUUCAACGCCGCCAAUUACACGCCCCAUGGCAAAUCAUGA